AUGGGCAUGGACUACUACAACAUACUCAAAGUGAAUCGCAACGCCAGCGAUGACGAUUUGAAGAAAGCGUACAAGCGCCUCGCCCGCAUAUGGCACCCCGACAAAAACCCCGACAACAAGAGCGAGGCCGAGGCCAAAUUCAAGCGAAUAUCUGAAGCCUAUGAUGUCCUCAGCGACCCUCAGAAGCGCCAGAUCUACGAUCUCUACGGCGAGGAGGCUCUCAAAUCCGGUCAGUUUCCGCCGCCACCGCACUCCUCCUCCUCCUCCCGCGCCUUCCACCGCCACAACCCCCCCGCCUCCUCCUUCCGCUUCAAUCCCCGCGACGCCGCCGACAUCUACGCCGAGUUCUUCGGCCCGGACGACGUCGGCUCGUCGCGCCGCGAUGCCUUCUUCCGGACCUCAAACGGCGGCCCCGCGUUCGGCGCCUCCGCCCCGAGGAAGGCCGCCCCGGUGGAGAAUGCGCUUCCCUGCAGCUUGGAGGACCUCUACAAGGGCGUCAAGAAGAAGAUGAAGAUCUCCAGGAACGUCUGCGACACUUUUGGCAAAACUCGGAAUGUGGAGGAGAUUUUGACUAUUGAGAUAAAACCUGGCUGGAAGAAAGGGACAAAGAUUACCUUUCCAGAGAAGGGUAACCAGGAGCCUGGUGUCAUUCCAGCAGAUAUUAUUUUUGUGAUAGAUGAGAAACCGCAUGCUCUUUAUAGAAGGGAUGGUAAUGAUUUGGUGAUCAACCAGGAGAUAACCCUUCUCGAGGCCCUUACUGGUAAAACAUUGGAACUAAUCACCUUAGAUGGAAGGAGUCUCGUGAUACCAUUGACAGAUAUUGUCAAACCUGGUGCCGAGGUUGUUGUCCCUGAUGAAGGAAUGCCUAUCUCAAAAGAGCCUGGGAGGAAGGGGAAUUUGAGAGUUAAGCUUGACGUCAAGUAUCCUUCAAGGCUAACUCCAGAGCAGAAGUCUGAUCUGAGGAGAGCUUUAGGUGGAAUCUCAUGA